UAAACGAGAGAGUAACGAGUAAUUGCUAUUUUCACGCUCGAGGUUUUUUCGUUUCAAAAUCGCAAAAAAACACAAACAAAUCAGUGAUAAAUAAUAUUGCUAGCAAGCGGUAACUUAAACGCAACUUGCGGCUGAUGAUUACAAGCUAAAACCAAGUACCAAGGGGCUUUAUCAUAAGUAUUGUUGUAUGUUAUUAUUUGCCUUAGUGAACGGUGAACGCAGAUCAUCUUGAUAUUGGGUAAGACUAUCUUUUGAAACGAACUCCAGCUGGGUAACUUGUGCGGCAAACUGAACUCGAACAGGCAGAGGCAGCAGGCGGAGCAUCGAGAUCGGGAUUGGCAACCACCUGGCCAAAUGGGUGGCAAUAGCACCGGGGCCAAUUCGAGCGCGUUCAGCGCAGGCGGAUACAUUGGACCCACGUCGGCGAGCAGUCAUCACAGCCUGGGAAGCUCAUCCGCGGCAGCGGCGGCAGGAAGUGACCUCAUACCCGCACCGAUUGGCACGGGAACCACCUCCUACGCCUAUGGCGGCACCAGUUGGGAGGAAUUCUGCGAGAGGCACGCCAGAGUGGCUGCCUCCGAUUUCGCCAAGGCCUGCAUCACAUACAUCAAUGGAAACCUUCCGCCCGAGGAGGCGAGGAACAUCCAGCACCGCAGCUUUGCCCAGAAGUUCGCCGAAUCCUUCUUAACGCACUACGACACGGAGUUCUUCAGGAGGAGGAGCACCCUUAAAUCUGGUGUCGGAUCGCUGGAUUUCGAGGAAGAACACGAGGGCCCGCGCUUGCUUUCAAAGUCCCUACUAAGGCGACUCUCGUUUAAGGGACUGCGGAAAGGAAGGUUUCCUUUUCUGCAGGCCUUCUUCCACAAGAAUUCGGAUGACGUGGACGGCAGCGGCAAGCAGAGCAAGACGAAGCUGGCGAAGAUCGUGGUUGAGUGCCGCAAGGAGGGCACCGUGAACAACCUGACACCGGAGAGUCUCGACCAGCCUACGGGCUCUCAAAAGUGGGAGAAGUGCCGACUGGUGUUGGUCAAGGCGGUGGGUGGCUAUAUGCUUGAGUUUUACACACCCCACAAGGCGACAAAGCCUCGCAGCGGCGUCUUCUGCUUCCUUAUCUCCGAGGCACGCGAAACCACGGCGUUGGAAAUGCCCGACAGGCUGAAUACCUUCGUCCUCAAGGCGGACAACAACAUGGAGUACGUGAUCGAGGCGGAGAGCGCCGAGGAGAUGCGCAGCUGGCUGGCCACCAUACGCUACUGCAUGCGAACGCCGCCCACUCAGCAGCCGAUGAUCGAGUCGGACGGCGUGAUGGCGUCCGCCAUGCAAACGUCGCCCACAAAUCCGGUGGCCAAUCCCAUUGGGGCUAUUCAGAAUCCGCAGUACCAGCAGCAGGGCGGCUCCAAUGGCAAUCUGGUGGGCGGCGGAGCACCCCUCGCCUCAUCCUUAUCCGCAGAUAGCGCCUUGGGCCAGGGCGGCGCCACAUCUGGCAGCGAAUUGAAUGCCAUCAACGAACUGGGCACCACUCCGCCCUCCGGUCCGCCGGACAUACCCAUAAGACCCCAUCGCGGUGAACAGCGUCUGUCGGCCUCGAGCAACUUUGAUGGCAUCGAGGGCACGGAGAACGACGCGGAUGUAGCGGACCUGACGGCCGAGAUGAGCGUGUUUCCAUGGUUCCACGGCACCCUGACGCGAUCUGAAGCAGCGCGCAUGGUUCUCCACUCGAACGCAGACGGACACGGAUACUUUUUGGUGCGGCAGAGCGAAACGCGCCGCGGAGAGUUCGUCCUGACCUUUAACUUCCUGGGACGAGCCAAGCACUUGCGUCUGACCAUCUCGGAGAAGGGACAGUGUCGGGUGCAGCACCUGUGGUUCCCCUCGAUCCAGGAGAUGCUCGAGCACUUCCGCCACAAUCCAAUACCCCUGGAGUCGGGCGGCACGUCGGAUGUGACCCUCACCGAAUGGGUGCACACACAGAGCAGACUGAACGAUCCGACGGCGUCGGCAUCUCACGAAUCCGGACAGCUCAACGAUCUGUCGUCCAAUGGCAAUGGAAAUGGGAACGAGAAUGGCCAGGCAUCGUCGUCGUCGGCAUCGAAUGCGGCGGCUGGAGGAGCGGCAUCGGGAGCUGCUGGCGGUGGCCAUCCGUCGCCGAGACAUUGCAACGAAGUGAUUACCAUGAAUCUGAGUGUUCGCCUAAAGACAAAUGAAAUCGAACUGCCACAGGAGCCAACACACGUCUAUUUUCCGGAGCAAGUCUAUUUCCAUUUGGAUCCCACAACGCUAACAGUGCACGGAUCGCCGCCGUCGGCCCAGAAUUUCCUGGAUCAGCCGCAUCUGCGGGCCUCGAAUGCCUCCCUCCAGGCAGCCGCCCAUCAUCCGUCGGGAUCCUCCAGCAUCCGGCAUCCCAGCGAUGGUGGCAACAACAGCGGAGGAACAGGAGGCGGAUCGGGAUCCAGCGGGGGAGCCGAGUGCACCGGGCGGGCCGUCGAUAAUCAGUACAGCUUCACCUAAGGCCGCUCCCUCGAUGAACCUCGACCGCAUUUCGUGGCUUUCCCAGCGGAACUUUACUUUUGUGCCAUUUUAAUCAUUGUCCUAGAGGAGAGAAAAAUUUGUGUUUUCGCAUCAAUCAGCCUUCUUUGCUUUCUUGAUUCACUGUUUCUAUUUAAGUUUAGUACCUCUUUUGGAAGACAUGAAGUAACUGAAUAUUAUUAUGUAUACAUUAUAUAGCUAAAUGUGUGUGUUCAUUUUAAGUACAUCAAUGUUGUAUGUAUAGAAGAGAAAAACCUAAAAAAACGCAAAAGAAAAUGUACGAUUUUUGUGGGCACCAAAGGUGCGAAUCAUGCGAAUCCUAAAACUUCCUGCUUUACAAAACAAAAAUACAUACAUAUAUACUAUACUUAUAAAUAUAAAUUAUAUAUAUACAUAAAUAUAUAUAUUGAAAUUGGUAAACUACAAUAAAUGAAGUUAUGUAAAAGUAAAA